AUGUCGCUAAAUAUCUCGCUCCACACAGUGACGGCUGCCCUCAUUCUCAGCAACAAUGGCGAGCGUUUGUACGCCAAAUACUACCGCCCCGAGGACCCACUGCAGCAGUUCAAAACAUUGCAACAACAACAAAAGUUCGAGAAAACAAUCUACGACAAGGUCAACAAACUCCACCAAGACGUGUUGCUUUGCGACAACCAUUUGGUCACCUACAAACAGACAAAUGACUUGAUUUUGGUGUUUGUUGGUGCUUUGCAAGAGAACGAAUCCAUGCUUUUUUCGUUGACAGCCAACGUCAACGAAGCAUUGACGAUUUUGUUGAAUAAUCUGUUGGACAAGCAGAGUGUGUUGGAGAAAUACGACAUGGUGUGUUUGUGUCUCGAUGAGGCUGUUGAUGAUGGAAUCAUCUUGGAGAUUGAUCCCGCUGUGUUGGUGAGUAGAGUUACUAAACCUCCUGUGACGUCUGUUGUUCCGGGCGAGAUGCAUAUUGACAUUUCCGAAAAGGGCUUGUUCAGUGCGUUUAACUAUGCCACCAAGCGUAUUUCAGAGAAGUUGCAGCAGGGAUUGUAG